CUAAAACGACUUCAACGUGUUCAAUUUGAUCCGUAUCAUCCCUCUCUGACGACUAAAUAUAGACUUUUGCCCUGGCAUUUAUAUUUUAGAAAAAUAAAGGGAUCAUAUUUCUAACGAAAUAUUGGGUAGUUGUGCUAAUUACUGUGAUACGGAACUUGCAAUAUAAAAAUACUGCUUUGAUAGGAAAUAAGACCACACUCGAACCAUGGCUAAUAAACAGUCAGCAACGUAUAGUAAACUUUCACCCAGCGGAAUCUUGGAUAACACGCCAAUCACCCAGGCGGAUUACGACGUGGUACUGGAAUACAUUAAGAAAUCCUUUCCAAAUGCAAAUACCAUGCAACGUGAUGUCGAGUCAACAUUGAAACGCACGUUUGUUCUCGGUGGAUCCUCCAGCAGUACAACGACAAAAACUUUCAGUGCCACAAGACAAAAUAAUUCGAAUAACAAAGCUAGCAAGAAAUCCAAACGGCGAUCAAUUAUAAAACCACUACCACGCCGGCUGUCAUAUGAGCGUUUUGUGAUGCUAAACAAAUUAUGGAAAUCUUACAUUGCAGAACUACUAAAAGACAUUAAUGAAAAUCGUACAGGGGAUAUUCAGCAGAAGUUAAAUCGAAUAGACUUGCAUGGAGCUCAUAUUGAAGUUACCAAUGCGAAUUGUCGUGAUUUCAUUGGAUUGAGAGGCAUUGCAAUCAAAGAAACGAGAAACACCUUCGUGUUAGUGACUUUAAAUAAUGAAACAAAAACUAUCCCCAAAGCCGAAGCUGAGUUUCAAAUUGAAAUGGAAAAACCUCGAGGUUCUAUGAUCAUAGCUGGAAAUAACUUUUUAACUCGUCCAGCAGAACGAGCUUGUAAAAAAAUCAAAUCUUUUAUGGAAUUCAUGGGCUCCAGGGUUUACAGGAAUACUUUAAGAUACAGUAACCCGAACUAAAAAUUUAUUAAUUCUUGAAUCAAAAAGGCGUAUAAAUAUUUGUCUGAACAAAAAACAAAAAUUAAAAUUUUAACAAACGAA